AAACAGGAAGAAUUCGAAUACGGUGUUCCUCAGUCCCAAAGAUAGUUUCUGAAGUUAUCGGAAAAUUGCACAACUAAGAUUUCAAGCUUACGAGAGAUGGAAAACAUCACUUCUUCUACCCCAACAGUACUAAAAGAUUCGGAGAAUUCGCAUGUAGGACUUCAGAUCGCGUUUAGCCUGAUCGCAGCCACUUCGUUCACCUUCAAUCUUUUGUUUUGUGUGAUGCUUUUGAGAAACCCUGUCAUGCUCAAGAAAGCUCAUAACAUCUUGUUGUUUAAUUUGGCCGUCGUGGAUAUGUUGACAGGUGUCUUUAUCGUCGCUACCCCUGGUUACGUCAUCCUGAAGUCUUCUUACCCAGUCCCCCACGGAGCGGGAGGUGAAGUUUUCUGCCGACUUCUCAGCAACAGAUAUUUGUUGUUCGCCAUGGGAAAGGUCUCCAUCCUUCUCGUAGCCUGUUUGGCCAUUGAACGAUGGUUUUGCGUAUUCAGACCAAUGAAAUAUGAGACACACUUUAGCAGGAAACGUGUUUUAAUAUACGUAAGCGUUAUGUUUAUUGUAACCUGCAUUCUCUCCAUGAAUAAGUUUUUCGAAAUAAGCCUUUCUGGAGAGAAAUGCGUCACGAAGAAAGCGCCGUAUGGUAAGGAAGGAACGCGUGCUUUCAUUGUCACGUACAGUGUAAUUACUUUUUUUAUUCCGUGUCUCUUGACAUGGUUUACAUUUGCUGAUAUAGCAGUCCAUCUCCCAUCCUCCCUAAGUCGAAGCGCCAUUGUUGAGACCGAGCGCAAGGUACAAAAAGCUCUUCUGCGCAUGUGCACUUUAGCAGCAGUCGCUCUAACAUUCUGCGGUUUGCCUGCUCAAACCAUUUAUACCCUGAGUCCUUUUGGGAUCACAAAGAUUGGUAGCGCGUUACACAAAGCUUUCAAUGUCCUUGUGCUUUUCAAUUCUUGCAUGAAUCCCUUCAUUUAUUAUUUCACUAACAAGGAAUAUAGAAAGGCGUUUAAAGAUCUUCUCGGAUGCAAAGGAAAGCAGAGUGGAAGAGACUUGGAGUUAGAGACUCAAGUCACUGGAUAAGUAAAAUUAUUUAGGGAUGUGUACAUAAUGAUCUUUUUUUGGCUUUGUAAAGGCAAAAAAUCAACAUACAAGGGCGAAGUUAGAGAGAGGGGGGGCUUUAGUCGCACGAGAGCCGAUACCUCGUUUUGACAAUAAUUGAAAUGUCAAUAACAAGAUAGUGAAAGCUUACCUCUUUAUUUUUCUGGAAAAUGCUGCUUCCCCCCUGAUGGGAGGUACUUCAUAAGAGGGGUGUUUUUUCCAAGAACACACGGGGGUGGCGGGGGGCUUGUGGUGUCUUAGACGGCUCCAUUUUUCAAGAAAAAAAGUGUAAUUUAUGAUGAUACAACAUCCUAGCACCAUAUUCUCAAACGUCAGUAAGGGGAAAGUGUAAGACUCUUAAGUAAAUCCUAAGGCGCCAGAGUCCUCUGUCGUCUUAGCAUUGGUUAAAGCCCCGAGGAGAGGAGGCCUCACUCUUUAAGAGAAAUGAUUGGUUUUCAGGGACAAGGAUACUACAGCAUUUGAAGAACGCAAUAAUAGUUCCGAGCCCUUAAACUGUGUCUUCGCUCUCUAAGUGCUUUCCCGAUUUUUUUAUAGUUUCCAACGUCUCGUCAAUUAUGUAUUUGAAAUAGCAAAGCUAAGUUUACUAUAAAUCUGUACUUUUCUUCACUUACAUUUUAUGAUCAUAAUGCUAUAUGAACCUCCAUGCUUAUUACAUUCUAUUAUCUUUCUUACAUAUUAUCGUAUAAACUGUACAUAUAUUGUAGUCGUAGUCGUGAUUAGUCGUAUUUUCAUGAGAGUUUAACAAACAAUAUGAGCCACUUUAGUCUGAGUAAAUUUUUUAUUAUCUUUACAGAUUUCAUUACUGAGUUCCAAUGUGACAUCAUAUAGGCGCGUUUCAGAUCAAAAAUGAAAAUGCAUAGACGAACCGCAAAAACAGUUGACUAGGCUACGGGACGCCCGUAAUUUUUUUCGCAUGAUGUUUCAAGAUUAAGUCUACGUGCGCCUACCGUGAGACAAUGAUAACGAUAACCUUCGAUAAAAUAAAUCUUUGUCUUACUA